CUCUGCCUUCGGACGGAGAUCCAAGGGAAUCAGAGCCGACGGCCUUACUUCUUCGAAUUUAAAGGGUCGCCCGAUUUAACUUCCGAGUAAUAACGCGAAGAAGGAAAAUGCCUGUCGAUCGUUUCGUUUGCGUUAUCGACCAAACAGAAGUAUUAAACGCGCGACAGGUGGAAGUACGUCGAGUAAUCGUGAGAAGGUUUAAGCCGGAGCGCGCGAUGCCGCAUAAUAAAAUGAUGGAAACGAAAGUCAAGAGCAAGGAAGAAAUACGCGUGAGUGGGAAGUAAGUAAUGUAACGGAGGAUAAGGUGGCUGGUAAAAUGAGGAGCGAACGGAUUACCGAUCAGUCCGAGCCCGAAGCGAGUGCCGACUGCCUUCUGCGGUAGGCAAGACGAUACCAUGAAAUCUACGCGACAACACGCGGGUUAAUUCGCUCAGUUUUAAAUCUACACGACGUUACGUUGACACACGAUACGAAAUUGUACGUGCGGAGGUCGUCCGAUUCGUGGGUUCGUUCAAAAAACAUGAUGAACGCUUGAAAGAUACAAUAGAAGAGGAGGAUUGAGUAGCAAAUCGAAUACUCUGGAGAAUUGUUGUUUUUGAUAACGGAAAAGGAACUGCGAGGAUGGGUGCAAUUAUACCGUAGCCCUGUUGAUCAACGUGCAUCAAAAUUAGCCCAGUUAUAGUACAACGACCGUGCUCCGAUGAGUAACGCACCUCCACGAGACGCACAUCGUGUCUGCUAUAAACUGAAGGUUCACGAAUGAUCGAUUAGUCCGUGGACUAAAAAAAGUGCUAAAAAUGAGAGAGAGAAGAAGCAUGCUCGUGUUCCUUGGAGUAAUUCUAUUUGUACAAUGUUCGAUGGGUCAUAACACAGGCGACAGAGUUGACAGCGGCGCCAAUGAACACUCGUUCUCUCACCACCGACAGAAAAGAUUGUUUUGGAUAACUAACGACGGUCGGAUAGCUUUGCCACCAGGCACGAUAAUGACGAUAACUCCAACUUUGGCGUUACCGUUCGUUAGAUAUCCUCCCUACGGUUUUCUCAGUAAUAUGACCAUCAGUCUUCCUUUCACCAUUGACUUCGACAAACUCGGUUUGACUGAUAACGAGAACCCUUACGGUGUUCUACCGUCAGCGUUCGAUGCCAGGGAGCAGGGCUCAAACGCUGCGGACUUUAUCGCGACGUUCGUAAAACGAGUUAGCAAGCGAGAAUUACCGGAAAAUGCGCUGUACGGAGGCGAAAGGGCUUUACUUUACGGCACCGCGGAAGAUAUGCUCGCGAAUUUCGGUCUGAACGGAAAAGCCUGUCUAUUGAGAGCGAUCUGCGAAGUACAAGGACAUCCGUUAAACAAUUUCGGUCUGAUCGGAGAAAUGCUGAAACUGUUUUUCACCGCUAGCAAAUCGCCGUUUGCUAAUAUUUUAAAAGAAUACGUAGAAGCUGAGAAUAGAGGAAAGUUUCACGGCGAGUGCUGGCCUUAUUUUAAAGACUGUCCAAAAUCUUUAUUCCUUCCAUCGGAGAAUAAAUACACAGAAGACGCGGUGCACGACUCCGGAGAAUCCGAUGACGUAGACCAAAAGAGGAGCAAAUAUUUUCCCUCGGUCGAGACGAUGGACCGGGCGAGAAGAAAAACGGAGAACUUCAAACACACGAUGCAUCCGUUUAUGUAAUUAAACUUCGUAACGAUUCUAUUAAUGCGGGAGAGACUCCGCUACCGAUCCGAUACGAAACCAAAUGGGAUGUAAUUGCAUCUUACGCUUCGUUGGCCUGCUAAGGUGGCCUGCAUCGCUCGCGUGCAUACGCGUGCAAAUUCCUUCGUCGCCAUACUAAGUUUAGUAAUUUAUUUGUCGUAAAAGAUUAGUUGCACGAAAUAAUAAUUAAGUCAAGAUCAUUUCUUACUGUGUACAUUAUUUAUACAUAUAUCGUAAUUUGAGACAGUAGUCAAUUUUAUAA